CUCGCAAGCAGCGUUUGCCAUGCCUAGAUGGCCCUUAGCUUCGCCCGCGGCCUGAGCGCGGCGACGGCCGAGGCCCAAUUCGUGGCUCGUCUCACGGCCAGCGCGGCCGCCGGCGACCUGCUCUCCGGCGCCGCCCUGCACGCGCGGUUCGCGAAGGCGCAUGCCCCGCCCACCACCUUCCUCGCCAACCACCUGCUGCUCUUCUACUCGCGGCUCGCUCUUCCGUCGCUCACCCGCCGCCUGUUCGACGAAAUGCCGCAGCCCAACGUCUUCUCCCACAACGUGCUCCUCGCCGCGCACGCGCGCGAUCCGCGCCUGUCCUCGGAGCUCUUCGCGCGCAUCCCCGACCCGGAUGUUGUGUCCUACAACACGCUCCUCGCUGCCUUCGCGUCAGCUGGUCUUGCCGAGGACGCGCUCCGGCUACUAUCGAGCAUGCGGUGCGGGGGUCUUGCCGUUGACAGCUUCACCGUAUCAUCUGCCGUCUCGGCUGUGGCCGGCAUUGCUUCACUGGCGCAGCUGCAUGGUUAUGCUGUCGUGUCUGGUCUCGAUUCGUAUGUCUCCGUCAGGAACUCAUUGAUGAGUGGAUAUGGUAAGGGAAGGCUCUUGGAAGAGGCUGAAAGGGUGUUCGCUGAUAUGGGUGACAGCGUGCGGAAUCAUGUAUCAUGGAACUGCAUGAUUGCUGUGUAUGGACAGCAUGGAUAUGGCCGCAAGGCUAUGGAGCUGUUCCAGAUCAUGGCAAGACGGGGCUUCACUGCCGACGCUUGCACUCUUGCCAGUGUGCUGUCAGCAUUUGCUACAGCAAAGGACUUGGUUGCUGGGACUGGACUCCACUGCAGGCUGAUCAAGAGUAAGUUCACUCGAGAUCCACAUGUUGCAAGUGGCCUUGUUGAUUUGUAUGCAAAAUGUGGUAGUGUUCAGGAUGCAUGGAAGGCAUUCAGUGAGGUUGACAAGCCUGAUCUGGUUCUAUGGAACACACUUAUAUCUGGGUACUCAUUGCACGAGGACUUCUCCGAGGAAGCACUCCGUUCCUUCCGGUCAAUGCAAAGAGCUGGGUUCUGCCCAGAUGAUUGCAGCCUUGUCUGUGUGAUCAGUGCCUGCUCCAACAUAUCAUCACCAUCACAAGGGCAACAGCUACAUGGUUUGGUGAUAAAAUCUGAUAUACAGAGCAACCGUAUUUCUGUUCAUAAUGCAAUGAUCACGCUGUAUUCGAGAUGUGGAAAGGUAGCCGGAGCCAAGAUGUUGUUUGAUAGGAUGACAGAAAGGAAUACUGUAUCGUAUAAUUCAAUUAUUGCAGGCCUUGCACAGCAUGGACAUGCUGCUGAAGCACUCAAGCUCUUUGAAGGCAUGCUGAAUUCAGAAUAUGAACCGACAGAAAUCACCUUCAUUUCAGUGUUGUCAGCAUGCGCUCACACCGGUAAAGUUGAUGAAGCAUGGGACUAUUUCAACUCAAUGAAGCAGAAAUAUGACAUUGACCCUUGUGAAGAGCACUACUCUUGCAUGAUUGACCUACUUGCCCGUGCCAGGAAGUUUGACAAGGCAGAGGAGCUUAUAACGAAAAUGCCUUUUAGCCUCAGCCCAGUUGGUUGGACUUCCUUGCUUGGUGCUUGCAGGAUACAUGGAAACAUGGAGCUUGGGGCAAGAGCAGCCAAAGAAAUUCUUCAUUUGAGUCCUUCCAAUGCAUCGGCACCUGUCAUGCUCUCAAAUAUGUAUGCUAGUGCUGGCAAGUGGGAAGAAGCUGCAAAAAUAAGGAAGAUCAUGAGAGAUCAGGGCAUUAGAAAAAAGCCUGGCUGCAGUUGGAUAGAGCUAGGAAGAAUAGUUCAUAUAUUUGUUGCCAAUGAAGUUUCACAUCCUAGAAUCAAAGAGGUAUACAGAUUCUUGGAGGUGAUGUCAGGGAAAAUGAGGUUUGGAGGGUAUGUGCCAGAUUUAAGAUGGGCCUUGGCAAAGGAUCAGGCAGAAGAAGGGGAGGUGAGGCUUAGGCAUCAUAGUGAGAAACUUGCUGUGGCCUUUGGCUUAAUGAACACAAAAGAAGGAGAACCUAUACUUGUGAUGAAAAAUCUAAGGAUAUGUGGAGAUUGUCAUAAUGCUAUCAAAAUCAUCUCUUCUAUAACUCGCAGGGAGAUCACUGUCAGAGAUGCACACCGGUUCCAUUGCUUUAGCGACGGAAGCUGCUCUUGUGGAGACUAUUGGUGAAAACUUCACUAGUGAAGUUCAUGAGCAAACAGAACUGAUGUUUUAUUUCAGUCACUGUUUGUGUAAAGAUUAUCACACUAGAAUAGGAAGAAACUCUUGAAUUCCAUGCCAUAGGGAUCAAACACUUGGAAGGAAGGUAACUUAUGAUUGCUAAAAGUCUUGAAGGUAUCUGAAAUUCUGAACAUUACUACAUUUUGGUAUUAGGAAAAAUUUAUGAAAAGCACAUUCAUUGUAUCUUAGGAUGAUGGUAUAUGUCAUGAAAACUGAAGUGUUCCUAGAGUUGGCAUGGAGUUGUCAAAAUUCACUUCCGCUUUCCUUUUCUAGUUUCCCUCCGUAAUGAAGAUGAGUUUGGUUUGGUGGACAUUGCAUCCUCUCAUCAGUGUUGGAUGGAGCAUCAAAGCUACAGCCGCACACGUCCGCAACAUGAGUGCAUCAGUGACAUUUUGCUGCAUUUAAGCUAACAAAGGUCUACCAGUUCCCUGCUGAUGUGAUUGACUUCUAUGUGAUGGUGAGCACCUGCUCGUGCAGCUCCAAGAUGCUGAUACAUUCUUUGAAGUGCUUCACACAAGGUGCAUGAGGGUGCAAUAUCUUAUUGAACCAACAUUUACAAUGUGCAACAUGGUGUCAGGGAACACAUGCACGACUGUGACAUUGACACAUACCAUUAUGAUACAAACAUGCAGAUCGGUUUAAACCCUGUCUUCUAUAUGUGCAUUAGGUCUAAUUGAGGGAUUGCUGAGUCUAGCUCAUGACGACCUAGGGCCAUGGCAGGAUCAAUAUGAUACGAUCCUUGGAUGUGAUCAGCCUUCAUCAGCGCCAGUGCUUCUGUUCUAGGUGUUCUUUCAUGUCUAAGGGCUAGUGAUCCUAGGUUUUCCUACUCUGUUUACAAUUGUUUUUUGACCACUGCAACAGCUUAAUGUUGUUCUUCAGUACACCUGACUCAUUCUACUUAUGUGCUGCAUCUUGAUAUUGUAUU